GUUAAGGGCAGGGUAAAGGAAGCAAGGGGAGACUCACUGUGGCGUAGUGGUUUGAAGGUUGGACUCUGGCUCUGGAGAUCUAGGGUUCGAGUCCCGGUUCCGCCAUGGAAACCCAUUGGCUGACCUUGGAUCAACAGACGAAACAUAACUACGGCAGGCGGACAUUGGUGGACUAGUAGCUCUUUAUACUCUUUGGAGACAAUGCAGUGAACUAGUAAGCUGUGAUAUCAUUCAAGGCAUUGCUAGCAUUUGGCCAGGUGAUGGAAGAUGAUUAUGAUGAUGCAAAAAUUGAAGAAGAAAUAGAACUUGAGUUAAGCAAAAUCGGCUUCUCUUCUUCAGACACAGAUGAUCCUGACACUGAUGUGUCACUGGACAAAGAUUCAAGUGAUAGUGAGGCGAUUUCAGAUGAAUUGCCAGAAUCAGUUGUCCAUUAUCUAAAUUUUGUGCGAAGCAGAAGUCAAAAUGCAGAAAGCCUCAUGUUGCAAGAUUUGGAAAAUGAAGAAAUGUUAAGUGAUAUCUACAGAGUUAUUCCUAAAAAUGCUUCAGAAUGCUUGGCUGAGUUGGCUUCUGAAUAUAAUGAAGAUCCAGAAGAAUUCAAGAAAAGAAUUUUAUCUCAAAUAGAUGAUGAAGAGCAACAAAUGAAUGAGACUCUUGCCAAUGCCAUUGAGCCCAAUAACACUGGAGAUGUUCCUUCCAAUGAAAUUGCUGAUGGAUGCUCUUUGACAGAUGAUAGUGACACUAUCAUGAGCUUUACUUUCCAAGAAGUUGAAGAAAAAUGCAAGCAAGAAUUUGAGAUUUGGGUUGAACAGCAAAAGGAACUUGAAAGUGAAAAAAUAAAGCAGCUGAAAGCUAAGAGAAUUGUAGAAGAAACAGAAAAUGAGGAAGAGGAGAAAAGAAGACAACUGCGCCAGGAAGAGCUAGAGGAUGAACGAAUAAAGUUAGAAAUGUAUCAUGCGCAACAAAAGACUAUGAUGGAAGCAGAACUGCUGAAAGAGGAGGAAGCUUGGAAAGAACAGCUAAGACAGCACACGGAAUUCAUUAACAACUUACACAUACAAAUAGAAGAAGAAAAAAGGGUCUUCGAAGAACAGCAAGCAAUAGAAAGACUAGUAUUGGCAGAACAGCAAAAUACAGCAGCUGUAAAAAUCCAGUCUGCAUUCAGAGCAUUCAUGGUAUACAAAAAACAUGCUCCUGUCUUGAAAGAAUGGAGAGCAGAACUAAAAAGGAAAAGAGAAUUACAAGAAGCAAUGGAAAAGGAACUGAAACAAAAGCAGGAAAGAUGGAAGAGGAGGGCUUUAGAGAAGAAAGAACAAGAGGAGAAGGAGAGAAAGACACGAGUAGAAAAAGAGAGCAAGGAAAAUGCAGAAAAGAUAAAGCGGCAUGAGAUAUAUGAAAGGAAGAAAGAGAUUAUAAGGCUUCAGAGAGAACAACUAAUGUUGGAAAAACUGAAAAGAGAAGAAAAAUGCAAACUAAAAUUUGUGGUAGAAAAAGAAAUGGAAUCUGAAAAUAUAGAUAAAGAAGCACAACUGUUCAAGAAGCAACACAAAGCAGAAAAUGCACAAGAAGAAGAAACUAUAACUGAAAAGGGGGAAAAGGAGGUUGAUUGUAUAGAUAAAGAUGUAGAAAUAACAAAGAAAAUACAAAAGGAGGGGGGAAAUCCCAAAAAACAAAUGGAAGUGGCUCCUCAAAAUACAGAUAAUGCUUUAGGAAAAGCAAAUAUUGAAGAAGAAAUUAAAAAUGAAAAAGAACAAGAGGAAGGCAAAGAUGAAAAAGAAGAAUUAAUGGUGGAUAAAGAACAGAGUAAAGAGGAACAGGAAAGAAGUUCUGAGAAAGAGAAAGAAAAUGCUGAUAAAAGCAGUGAAGAGGGAAAACUGAAAUCCAGAAAGAAAGAUUUUGAGAUAAAUAAUGAGAAAUUAUUAGAAAACAAAGUAAAAGACCACUGUUCAACAGUUUUCGAAUUGCAGCAAAACAGUAAAACGAAUGAUCCCAGUUUUGAAACUAUUGCAGUAAUUAAUCAGGGAAGCAGUAUACAUAACAGUUCUAUGGAUAUGUAUCUAGAUUCUGGAGACACUGUACAGGUAGACAGAUCUUAUGCCUCUGAAAAUAUUAAAACAGAGCACAUUGUAAAAGAUGUUCAUGUGGAAGUCACUGAUCAUUGGACUAAAGGUGAGAAUUUGGACAGUUUUUUGGAGCAACCACUUACACUUUCUGAUUUGAUUGAAGAAAAGAGAUUAGCAUGGAUGAAAACAUGUAAAUCAUGGUCUAGAAUUUAUAGGGAACAUCAGAACAAGAAGUUGGUUGAAAGAAGCAAACCACGGAAAUGUUCAGCUGGCCUGAUGCCUCCACUGAGUGCUGCACUGAUAAUCCAGGCUGGCCCUUGGGAUGCUCUACAACAGGUCACCACAGUUACCUUUCAAGAUUUGCCUGGCUGCAGCCUCUCCACUUUGUCACAGUGUUCAAAGCUUCAAUUCUUGAGUCUUCGACGCUGUGGAUUGCUUACUUUGGAAGGACUCAGCAAUUGCAAAGAUCUAAAGUAUAUAGAUGUAGAGGAGAACAAUAUUCAGUUGAUCAGUUGUGAGAAUUUAGAAAAUCUAUGCAUUCUAAUUCUGAAUAAAAAUAAUAUAUCAUCACUUCAUGGUUUAUAUGGCUGCAGUAAUCUCUUGGAUCUUGAACUUUCCUACAAUAAAGUAACUCGAAUUGGAGGACUGGAGUCAUUAAAAAAACUCCAGCGACUGGUUAUUAAUCACAAUCAACUGAUCAGCAUAAAAGGACUUUCUGAUGCUCCUACUCUAGUAUAUAUAGACUGUUCCUUUAAUCAUCUUACUCAAGUUGAAGGUAUUGAAGAUUGUGGUCUUCUUCAGAUUCUGAAGCUACAGGGGAACAAUCUCAAUGAGUUUCCCAGCCUGGAAAAUCAUGUUUUGCUAAGAGAAUUACACUUGGAAGACAAUAGUAUUUCAUCACUGGAAAAAGUUCCAUUGUAUUGGUUGCCUUUGCUACAGAUUCUCUCUGUCUCACAAAACAGUUUGACUGAGGUUGCCCCUCUUUUUUCGUGUGUGUCUUUGGAAAAGCUAGAUAUCAGCAACAACUGCUUGUUAGAUCUUAAGAGCAUUUUUCAUUGGCUUAAUGGUUGCGAUAGUUUAAGAGAAUUAUCCAUAUUUGGAAACCCACUUCUUCAAGAAGAGAACUGGAGGUGUUCCUUGCUCAGAUUUCUCCCUCAUUUGAAAAUACUUAAUGAUGAAAAUGUAAAUCCUGAUGCAGAAAUCCCAGAUGAAAGAACUAAACAAAGAACACAGCUAGGAAGCUUUGCAGCAUUUUGUCAGGCUCAAAUUCAAGAAAUUGAGAUAGUUAACAAAAAGGCCACCACUAGGUUGAUAGAAGGAUUCUCUGCAGACGCUGUACAACUCCAGUGUUGGUAUUCUGAGAAGCUGAUGAAGCUUAGUAGUGAACACCGAUUUGCACAUGAGUAUGGAGUUCUAAACACAACUAAAGCAGUGGAAACAGAAGAACAGACAGGUCACUUGAACCGAGAAGCUGUUGACAUCAUAGAAAAAAAUAAUUUUAUCAAUGGUGUAAAAGAAAAUAAGCUGGAUUCGUUGGAUACUCUUGAAAGAUGGAUUACGUCUGGACACACUCAAGCUGCAUCUGUUAACUCCUUCAUAACUCUGCCUGAGAUGAGAAAGAAUCAAGGAUACCAGCAAAAGAAUAAAAAUGCUCAAUACUUCCUUAACCACAGUGGGAAAAACAAAGAUAAGAGUGCAUUAAUCAGUCCGAAGAAAAACAAAUUCAACAAGCAAAUCACAGCAAGUAAUCAAGAAAAUUAUCCUCAGCAUUUUGGCAACUCACAAAACUUGGCAGCCACAGUUAUCCAAUCAUACUGGCGAGGCUAUAGAACUCGUAAAGAAAUCAGUUUCUAUACAAGGCUACAUGUCUCAGCAACUGUUAUCCAGUCUUUUUGGAGGAGCUACUGUGUCAGAAAAAAGACUUUAGGUUGCAACCAAGAACAUCUUCAUUUUAUGGACAAACAUAAAGCUGCUACUAUACUUCAGGCACUCUGGAGAGGUUUCCAUUUGCGAAAGAAACUGGCCAUUGCUCUGGCAGCAGUUAAACCAGAUGAAACUGAGGAUGAGUAUAAAGAAGUAAAUAUGAAUGACUUCAUGUUUGAUGAAGCUGUCAUAGAGAAAGAAUGGCCAGCUUUGGAUUCCACCCACUUCCUUUCACAAACACCACUAUCCUCAAACCAUUUGCCCUUGCCAAAGUAUAAUGAAACUGCAAGAUGUGAAGACAAGUCACAUCAUUUAGAGUGGCCUUCACAUAAAAACUGGCAGGUUAGGGAAAGACCAGAAUCAUUCUUGUUGGAAAACAACCAGAUUAGUAACAGGUCAGAGAAGAGAACACUGUCACAGCUCUGCGACAUGAAACCACCUGAAAAGUCAUCGUUAAGAACAGAAAAAGAAGAAAAAAUUUCAGAAGAAUGGGGUUUUAAAGAUAUUUCUACUGCACAGCUAAUGCUGAGAAGAGCUCAUAAAAUGAAAGCAAAGAAAACUAAUACUAAAAAAACUGACCCAGCUGUGCGCCUGGCGUUGUUCAAAAACAAUGAAAAUAAACAUCCCCCUGUGAAACCACCAAAGAAGGCACAGACUACAAAAACUGGUUACUUUGAAGGUAAAGAAGAAUCUUCUCGCACUGAUGUGUCAUCAGAGAAGAUGGAUAGAAACAAAGAACGUACACAUCAAUGGCUUCAUACACAGGUUUGGGAUUAUGAAGGAGCUAGCCCUAGAAAUGAAACAUGCAAGCACUUCUUACCUGAGAUAGACCCAGAAGUUCUCAAAGGAGGGAGAGUUCAGUUUGUGACAAGUCCUGUAAAGAGAGAAGACACAGAUUUAGAGCUUGUUUCCGUGACCAGCACAAGUACUUUUACUCAGAACAGAGAAAAAAAUAAUCAGCCACACAGACACUCUGCAGGAUCUUCAAAAAAGGAUGCACCUGCACCUGAGAGAUCACUUUUGGGACCCUCACAUAAGGAGCGGAUAUCAUUUCGAGAUCAUCCGGUUCAGCUCAGCGGUGGAUGGGGAAGUGGCAAAAAGAAAGGAAAACCUUUGAAAUAGUAGUUGGACUUGCAGCAUUUAAAAAAAUAUGGAGAUCUGUUUCUUUUCAGGAGGCCUGUGAGUUGCCCUCAUUUUUGGAUACCACAAAUGCAAAGUUCCUAAGCAAUUAUAUAUGAUGUAUUUUACUCUGCCUAUUUUUUUUCCUGCCUUUUCAUUUCUUGGCAAAGAAGUUUUAUAAAUGUCAGAGUAAUAACAUUAUUUGUACCUGUAAUUUAUUUGUGCAAUAUGAUUUAAGAUUCAAUAGUACGUCUGUGAUUAUUAACCAAAAGAACAAAUCUGGAUGUGUACAUACAAUAAUCAUUUUUAAUUUCAUACUGGUCUGUGGAUGAGACGGCCUAAUCCAUAGCUGACCUGAGAUACUUUCACUAAACUCAGUUACUGCUCAGUACAAAUCUUGAUCACAAGAGGGGGAAGGAUCAAAAUUAAAUUCUCCUGGAUAUUUUGGUUAGCAUAGAUUGGAAUGUAUCUCUGUUUAAAAAAAUACAAUGUGGAAUGUUCACCUUUCUCCAAAUAUAUUGAUAAUGUAAAUAGGUUUUGUGUAAAAAUGCUUGGAAUUCUACUGAAUUAGUUGCAUAGCCAGAUGGGCUUCAAUGAGUGCAUGUCCAUAGCACAUCAAAUUCUGUAAUGUGAUAUUAAGAUGUGUUUCAUAAUGGUAAAUUAUGUUUAUCACUUUGUAAUCCUGUGACAGUCUCCUUACAGUCUGCUCCCCUCUUUUUCAGAAUUAAAGGAUGAAUGUUAAACAUUAUGGAGUAAUUUUGUUCUCACCUGUUGCUUCUCUGUGUCAAUAAGAACCUACUAUUUGCUGCCGCGUGUUAGGCUUACCACAUCUGUGCCACUGGCAUUAAUGGUUAUUUGAAAUACAUCAGUGCAUACAUGCCACCAUUCUUGAAGUAGUGUUUUGUUAAGCAUGGUACAAAUUGCUGAUGGGAUCUGGGGAAACGGUUAUUUGGUUUAAAAUAAUAAACCACUGUAAUCUCAACCUACUAUUGAACUUGAGAUGUAAAACCUAAGAG